AGGUUAUCCUGCCCUGCGCUGGGUCUCUCAGGCGCACAGAUGGCGCACGAGGCGGCAACGGAUACAUCGUAGGAUUGCCAGGCGUUUUUCCGUCGGGCAGCCCACAAGCCGUGCGGCGGGCAGCCCCUGAGGAGCAGCCAGUGCUGGGGCAGCAAUACCAAUGCCGGUCAAGACCGGCCGCAAGCUGCCCCGCGCCCGCGUCGAUGCGAAGGUGGCGCAGGCAGCGGUGCGCCUGGCCCGGCACGUGCCCGCCGCGCCUAGCACCGCGGGAAGCGCCAAGGUGCCGAGCACCCCAUCCCAAGUCACCUUAAAUCUUACGCAGACCCCGCCGGCGCGACCUAGCACCCCGCCGGCCAGCCCACUCAACGCCGAGGUCGCGGAUUUGCUGGAACGGCUGGCCGCGGACGCGACGCCGAGGCGUAGAGAAGAGGUCGAGCGCCACGUCGAGCAGCUGACGACGGACCAGCCUGUUAUUACUCACGAGCCGCGGCCGCCUCUGCCCCAGUCCCAUCCUGAUGUGGUCGCCUGGCGGAAACGACGGAGUGCGCGCACGCGGUUACUACAGAGGCAGGCGAAACUCACCAAAUCAUAUAGAGAGGAACUCCGGUUAGCAGCCACAGGUGGCGAUAACAAGUGGGACUGCUGCGACUGUGCGAACCUGUGUGGAAAUCAAAUUCCGGACAACCUAACUCACCGGUUGAUUUCCACAUGCAGGCGAGAACAAGGACGGCUUCGUGCUGCCCUGCUGGGACGAGACGGACAACGGGGUCCCCGACGUCUGCAUGAACUCCACGACGUGCCCGUUCCACCCGGACAACGGCUGCACGAACGACAACUUCGUGUGCCACAUCUUCGGCAACGUCGGCUUUCCCUACUUUGAUAAAAGGAGAAAGUUGUGGAUGGGCCUCGCGAUGUGGUCGACGCUCUUCGCCAUGUUCGUGACCGCCGUGGGAGCGCUAUCUCUCAGUACGGAUAAAGACAUCGUGCGGAGCACGUACUGGGUGUAUGUGGAGGCGACGAAUUCCACUGAACGAACGAGAUACUUCCUGGGGUUGCGGUCCAUCGUUUACGUCCAAGGGAAUGAUGUUAAGUCAGAGCGAUUAGAUACUGAUCUCAUCGUAGGGACUUUGCCUGGCACGAAACGAACAGACCCCAUGCGGCAAGCUCUGUUAAAGUCCUGCGCCGACAGCGCCCAAGCGUCGGCCCUAGGCGCAUUACUCAGUUGUGUCACUCUUAUAUUUGCAUUAAUUGGAACGAUGAACCGCAUGCGCUUUUCGAGCGAUGCCAAUGUCCAAAAAGCGUUAGGGCUCAUAACGGACACCUGGGGCGCCUUCUGCUUGUGUUUUACGCUGUUCAAUUUUUAUUUUGACUGCUACGCGGACCUACCUUCGUCGGUAGAAGACUUCCGCAUACGAAAACGGUGGGGCCCGGCCUGGUACUGUUAUCUAUUUUGCGCCUUAUCGGGCAUCAUCCGCGCCUGGGCGCACUGGGUCACGCCGACGCCGGACCACGGCGUCGGCUGCUGCACGUUCCGACUGCCGCACGCGAUCAUGGCGUUGUUAGAUGUUGACGGCGACGGGAAAUUAACGUGGGAGGACCAGAAGCUCUUGUUUGGGUCGCUGCGGACGGUCCUCGCCCAGCAGGCGUCCCAGAGGGUGGGAAGCUUCAGGAAGUCGCUGUCGUCGAAGUUCAUCUCUCCACCUCCCAAGGAUACUUGGAGCGGCGACUGGCAGGAGCGCGACCGCCGGAAGAAGCUUGAGGCUACGAUAGCAAGGCAACGGGAGGUGUGUGCGGAAGCGGUCGAGGCGCGGGGGGACAGCCAUGAUCCGGAGGUCGACCCGGAGUUAGGUAUUGUGGCGGCGCGCCAGGCGUGCGUGCCGACGUUUCUCGUGGGGCUGUCUCCCGACGCGCGCUACGACCCUAGAGUACUGGACGCGGAGAAGCGGAAACGUAAAGUCGAGGCGGACUGGAGUUUAGCAUUGAUGGCUCAACAAACCCCGGUGUCUCAGAACAAGGCGCGGUGGCUCAAGGCCAAGGCUAACUUAAGAAGAGUCGCCGCCGACGCGCGCGACGACGAGGAGGCUAAGAAUCAUGUGUGAACUACUAGCCUUACGCAAGGAACCCC